UAUUGUAAUGACGAGUCACCGUGACAGAGGAAUCCCCUGCGAAAAAUUCUUUGUUCGUCAGUUUCACUGCGAGCUUCACUCUGAGCAGACGUCUUAAAAUCGACUCCAAGCGACGGAGAAAUAACCAUGCAUUUUUAACAUCUGUAACUUAGUGUCAAGUUUUGCUUAUAUCAAACAGUAAGAAACAACCAGUGAAAGAGUAGCAGAUAUACUUCAAGAAAUGAGAGGCACGGGUUUCCCGUCAAGACCUAUCACGAUGCGGAGCCUUGUUUUAAUUGCCGCCGCAGUGAUGUUCCAGCUACAAGAUGUGAAAGCAGAUUGCCUCUUUGGCCGAGAAUAUUUCCUAAUGUUUUCGGAGAACUCGGUGCCAGAACAGAAUGUGAUGCCCGCGCAAGUGCUGGUAACUCCGCGGCGAAACGGUGCACAAAACGUCCACGUAUCUCUCACGAACGUACACAAUGAAACCAGGCUCCUCGGUAACCAAACCCUGACCCUAAAUGGCGACCAGGUUGGUAUGUUUUCUGUGCCUGAUAACUUUCGCGUGAAAGGAACAACGAACUGUUUAAGCGGUCUCAGAUUGACGGCAGACCAGGACGUCAUUGUGAUAGGUGUGAAUCAAAUGCAGUACUCCUCUGACGCAUUUCUGGUUUUACCCACCUUUGCUUUGGGUACCGAGUACUUUGUGGUCACAUACUCGCCUUCGAGUUCAAGCCCGCAGUUUUCGGUUGUGGCCGUUGCUGACAACACAGACAUUGAAGUCACCCUUUCAAAUGGAAAGAAUGCUUCUAUCUACAACAUGAAGGCAUUCGAAAGUUACCAAUGGCAGAGUCAAGACCGAUCCGACUUGACUGGCAGUUACAUAAGGUCUUCAGUGCCGGUAGCUAUUUUCAGUGGGAACAGCCGAACCAGCGUUAAACCCGUGCGUUUCGAUAGCCGAGAUCAUUUAGCUGAGAUGAUACCAUCGAUUGACAAAUGGGGCAAAGAGUUCGCAGUGAUUUCCACACCAGGGCGAACCACGGGCGACGUGAUCCGCAUCGUUAGCAGCAAACGUGGGACGGUCGUCACUUGUACUUUCUCAGGAGCAGCCGGGAAUGAGACGCGGACCAUCGCCAGUGCGGGUGGAUAUUUUGAUCUUGAAGUCCUUCCAGGCCGCGUUACCCACAUCGUUGCAGAUAAACCGGUGCUCGUUGUUCAGUUCGUGAAAAGCCAGAGAGGAGAUCCCUCAAGAGUUUCUGAACUAUCAGAUCCGUCCAUGGUCAUCGUGCCCUCGGUGGAGCAAUACGGCUAUGAUUAUCGCUUCAUGACGCCAAGACUGUCUCCAUCGCAAAACGCCACGUACACGCAUUACGUCAUGAUAGUCAUCCGAAGUGAAAUGGAAAGCGGUCUUGUUUAUGAUGGCCAACCCUUGCAGGUGGAUGCUUGGCAAAAUGUCCCCCAGUCCGACCUCGUGGGCGGGUAUAUUCAGGUAGCAAGCGAUAACCAGGUCCAUAGUUUGAGACAUACUGACGAGAAUGAACACUUCAUGGCCAUAUUGUACGGGGCUGGUGACCGCGAGAGUUAUAUGCUACCACUGGCUUUGAAUAUUGUGUCUGAUCAGGAUUGUCCGGCUUCCUCGGAGACAACUUCUACAGUCCAACAAGCAGUAACAACAGCAACGAAUUCACCAACAACUGCAACUGAAACAGCAUCGUCAACAACAACGGAAACAAGGACUACAGCGUCGACAACAACAGAAACAACGACCACAACAGAGACAACAACGGAGGCAACGACUACAACGUCGCCAACAACAACAACUGAAACAGCAACAUCACAAGCAGCUUCAACACCAAGACCUGUUUCAAGUACAAUAGCAGCAACAGCACCUACGAGUACUGUUUCAGCGACAGGUCCCCAGGGACCAACAACACCCAGCUCAAAUCCUGCACCUAUAUUUGAUUACACUCAACUGCCGAAUGCGGCUUGCACAGUAUCAGGUGGAAAGGAGUAUUUCAUCAUUUUCUUGGAGAAUAUUGUAGAAGUUCCAACGGGAAUGCCAAUGGAGCUAUUCAUCUCAGCAGGGUUUGGAGGAGCCGGGCCGGUCAAUUAUCGUAUCGAUACAUUAAACGCAACAAUGGCUAAUGGAACGGUUCACCAAGGCGAGGUGCACACAGUGCCUGUCCCAGCCAGUUAUCGUUUACAUGGAAGUACAACAUCCCAGCAUGCACUGCGCCUCUCCGCUUCUGCCGACGUCGUGGUAUAUGGUCUGAACAAGGACGAGUUCUCUGUUGAUGGUUUUCUGGCCAUUCCUGUCCACGCUCUUGGAACCGAGUACUUCACAGUGUCAUACACCCCGCCUACCACCAGCACCGUGUUUGGCAUAGCCGUCGCUUUUGAUAGCACACUGAUUAGGAUCCACCUGUCCAGCCGUGUACAAAAUGUCCAGGUGGAUGGUCAAAAUUACACAGCAGGGGACCACAUCACUUUGUUUGUAAACCGCCAUGACUCCGUUCAAAUCAUCGACGUCGGGUUUGGUGAUCUGACUGGAACACACAUUUUGGCCUCCCUUCCCGUUGCGGUGUUUAGUGGUAACGUAAGGACAAGCGUAGAGAGCGGCUACUCCCGGGACCAUUUGGUAGAACAGCUCCCUCCCGUGAACGCUUGGGGCUUGACCUACGCCGUGGUGCCAAUUCCAGAACGCCUUGUUGGAGAUGUGAUUCGAGUGGUUGCUUCCGUCGACAAUACAAACAUCACCAUCCAGUAUGCUGAUGUGUAUGAAAGAACCACUCUUGACCGCGGAGCCGUUAAGGAACUGUCAUUGGAAACCAGUCAGUACGUCAGCAUCGCCGCAGACAAACCAGUUAUGGUGGUUCAGAUCGCCAAGAGCCAGGUCAUCGGGGAGCUUGCAGACCCUGCCAUGAUUUCAGUCCCGCCAACACAACGGUACAUGAAAGACUAUCAUUUCGUUCCCCCCAAUGCAACACGCGGCUCGUACCGCCAUUUCUGUUUGAUUGCAAUAGAGCGCGGAAAAGAAAUUGGACUGUUUUUGGACUUCUCCCAUUUGUCUGGUGUUCAGUGGCACAACAUAAGCGGAACCAACCUCGUGGGAGGGCACCUUGAAAUCAAUGGCAGAUACCCUCAUCAUUUAUACCAUGAAAACCAAGACGUCCGCUUCAUGACUAUAAUAUACGGGGCCGGCGACAGAGAGAGUUAUGCUUUACCCCUAGGCCAUACAUAUUCAUCUACAUGUUCAUCUGGAGAUGGAACCGAUGGAGGCAUCCUGAUUCAAGGACCACCAGGCACCCCUGGACAAAGAGGUCCCCAAGGGGCAUCUGGCCCCACAGGAGCCCAAGGAGAGCAAGGACCUCCUGGGCCAACUGGACCACAGGGAGAACAAGGCGCAUCUGGCGAGACCGGUUCCACUGGAUCGCAAGGUCCUCCUGGUCCCACAGGGCAAGCUGGAGCCACUGGUGAAAAUGGAGCAACAGGGGAGACUGGAGCGACAGGUCUGCCUGGCACCCCAGGAGUCAAUGGUAGUACAGGAGACCAAGGUCCUCAGGGGGAGCAAGGCGUGACUGGUGCAAGCGGGCCUGUCGGUCCAACAGGAAAUACUGGACCAACUGGACAAACUGGUGCUGCGGGACCUACGGGUAUGUCUGGAGAAACUGGACCGACCGGCUCUAGUGGUGCAACUGGUGAAACUGGAGCGCCUGGGUAUAAUGGAACGAAUGGUGAACCUGGAGCAACAGGCCCACAAGGUGCAACAGGACCCACAGGGGCAGACGGUCUACCUGGAUUGAACGGAACAGCAGGAACUACAGGAGAAACUGGUAGCCCUGGUGCCACAGGACCGACAGGUACAAAUGGUGUAGAUGGAGAACCUGGGGCCGAUGGUGAGACAGGCAGCACUGGACCAACUGGUGAAACUGGAGCAACUGGAGCAGUCGGUCCUACUGGAGCAUCAGGAGCAACUGGUAACACGGGCGAACCUGGAGCCACGGGACCUACGGGAGCCUCGGGUAUGAAUGGAACAACUGGGUCAACUGGACCCUCAGGAGAACAGGGUCCACCAGGCAGUACGGGUAGCCCAGGGGCCACUGGUGAAAAAGGUGAUACGGGAGCAACUGGGGAAGCAGGGAAUGAUGGAAGUCAGGGGAGCACAGGGGCGACCGGCCCAACCGGCAACACUGGUCCCACUGGACCCAAAGGAGAUACAGGACUGGCUGGAAUAAAUGGGACAGACGGUAUUAAUGGCGCAACAGGACCUACCGGUCCCAAAGGAGAGAAAGGUGACCGUGGACCUCAAGGUCCACCAGGCGAAGUAGUAAAUGUUGCCGGGGAAAGCGGGGUAGCAGGCCCAACUGGGCCAACAGGUGCAACAGGCCCAACUGGAGAAGCUGGGGCAACUGGUGCAACAGGUGGUACUGGACAAAAAGGUGAUAGUGGAAUAGCAGGACCAACUGGUUCGACUGGUGCUACGGGAGCAACUGGCUCAAAGGGAGACAAAGGUGCGCCAGGAACUACAGGGCCAAGAGGUGCCAAGGGUGACACUGGAUCGCCUGGUGCUGAUGGUUCAACAGGUGCUCCCGGUAAUGAUGGCGCUGCAGGUGCCACAGGAGAAAGAGGCCCGACAGGUCCCUCAGGUGCAGGCGGUUCUAAAGGUGACACAGGUAGCACUGGCCCUCAAGGCACUUCAGGAGCAACAGGUGCAACUGGCAGCGCAGGACCAACAGGUGAGAAAGGAGCCUCUGGUGAAAUGGGAGAGACAGGCCCUAAAGGUGAUCCUGGUUUGCCGGGAAGGAAUGGUUCUGCUGGGCAAACAGGUCCAAAGGGGGAGACUGGACCAACUGGUGCCAGUGGAGAGCGGGGUGAAACAGGUGAAGCUGGGGCGAAGGGAGACAAGGGUGACACUGGGGAACAGGGAGCAACUGGAGAACAGGGCACCCAGGGCGUGAAAGGAGACACCGGUGAUCCUGGUCCUGCUGGUCUCAACGGAACGCAAGGCGAAACGGGCCCAAAAGGCGAUACAGGGGAUCCCGGAUUACAGGGACCAACAGGAUUAAAUGGUUCAACUGGAGCUACGGGGCCGAAGGGAGAUCGGGGUCUUUCAGGAGAUACAGGGCCUGCUGGAGAGUCUGGUGCUACAGGGGAAAAAGGAGAUACAGGUGCUACAGGUGUCACUGGGGCUGUCGGGCCCACAGGUGAAAAGGGAGACACAGGCCCAGUUGGACCUACUGGCUCUAGAGGAGAGACGGGAUAUUAUGAACCAGAGUGUAGGUCAACCAUAUUCCGAGGUGGGAAAGAGUAUUUCUUGAUGUUCAUGGAAAAUACCAUUGAGGUACCCACCAUUAUUAAACUGGACGUUUUUGUAACCCUGGGGCGCGACGACGUAGCGGCAACGACAGUUACCGUGCGAGACUUUUUUCGGCCGAACCAAUAUCACACGUGUCGUCCAACAGGGAGAGGUUUCUCUAUUCCAAAUAGACAACAACAUGCGUAUGCAAGGAACCCGUCUGACAAAGCAGGGUCUCCUCAUAGAAGCGACUGAAGACAUCGCCGUGUUUGGCAUUAACAAGGACGAAUUUUCGGCGGACGGUUUCCUUGCUAUUCCUGUCCAUGCUCUUGGAACGGAAUACCUGACAGU